AUGAGCGUGGAAGACGAGAUGGUGGGGGAGGAGGAGGAGGCGGAGGAGCACUUCUACGAGUCGCUCGACCGCAUCCUCUCCUCCUCGGCCUCCUCCACCUCUGCCUCGGACGACGACGGCGACCACCCGCGCCGUAGACGAGGGUACGAUGCCGCCGCCGCCGCGGCGGCCCUCGAUCUGUGGACCUCCCAGCCGGCGCCCAUCCAGGAGCGGCGGCACCGGCUGCUCCAGCUGAUGGGGCUCGCCGGGGACCCUGCCCUCGCGCGAUUCGAGAUGGGCCGAUCCGUCUCCUAUGGCGCCGUGGGCCCGACGCCGGCCUCUCCCGUCACGCGGUCCAGAUCGGACGGGUCCGCACCUGCCUCCACCGCGAAGCCUCCGCUGGGAGGCGGCUGUUUGCGUUCGACCUCGUCCGACGCAUCUGAUGCCACGCUGGAGGCGGUAGAGGAGGACCCAAGCUGCUUGAUCAGAAACCUCGACGACGGCACCGAGUUCGUGGUGAGGGAGGAGUCCGGGCUCCGCGAGGUUGGUACCGGGCGGCAGCUCACUGUGGAAGAGUUCGAGCUAUUCAUCGGCCGCUCCCCCAUCGUCCAGGAGCUCAUGCGCCGCCAAAGUGUCGCCAACUCCAACUCCCACUCCAAUUCCCAAAGUGGCGCCUCCACCCCCAUGGAGAGGUCCAGCUCUGGCUCCAGCAAUGGCGGGGCGCGAUCCAGGCGGCGUAGCAGCUGGCUCCGCAGCAUCCGCAGCGCAGCUGGUUCCAUGGUCAACUAUUCGCGUGACCGCCGAAGCGACGAGAAAGACACCCUCUCAGAGAAGGGUGGGCGCGGUUCCAGCUCGGCCACGGAUGACAGCCAGGAUGGUGUUUCACUCCAUGGCCCAGACCGUGUGAAGGUGCGUCAAUGCGGGAAGUCAUAUAAGGAGCUCAGUGGUCUGUUCAUGAACCAGGAGAUACAUGGACACAAGGGGUCCAUCUGGAGCAUCAAGUUUAGUCCUGAUGGGCGAUACCUGGCAAGUGCUGGGGAGGAUUGUGUGAUCCAUAUUUGGGAGGUGUUGCAGUUCGGGAGGAUGAGGGAGGAGAUGGAGGUGGAAGAUAAUGGGACCUGCAAUCCGUUUGUGAACAUGACAUGCAACGAGUCAUCAGAGCCAGUGUUGGCAUCGGUUGCUACAGAGGUUUGCCAUUGGGACAAGAAGCUGCCGGCAAAGGCUCUGCGCAGUCGGAGAUCGGUACACUCAGACCGGUUGAUGGUGCCAGAGCAUGUGUUUGCACUGUCGGAGAAGCCUGUGAUAACCUUUGCAGGGCAUUCAGAGGAUGUGCUUGAUCUCUGCUGGUCCAAAUCUCAGUACUUGCUUUCAUCGUCAAUGGAUAAAACUGUACGGCUGUGGCACAUGUCAAGCACUUAUUGUUUGAAAACCUUCUCCCACAGUGACUAUGUGACUUGUAUCCAGUUCAACCCUGUUGAUGAUAGAUACUUCAUUAGUGGUUCUCUGGAUGAAAAGGUUCGAAUCUGGAAUAUACCAAAACGUGAAAUUGUUGAUUGGGUUGAUCUACAUGAAAUGAUCACUGCUGCCUGCUAUACCCCUGAUGGAAAGGGUGCGCUCAUUGGCUCUCACAAGGGCAGUUGCUAUGCAUAUGAUACAUCUGAUAAUAUGCUUUGUCACAAUAAGAAAAUUGAUCUCCAAAAUAAGAAAAAGAAAUCCAGCCAGAAGAAAAUCACAGGAUUUCAGUUUGUCCCAGGGAGUUCUUCAAAGGUCAUUGUCACAUCUGCAGAUUCACGAAUCCGAGUUGCUGAUGGUUUUGAACUACUCCACAAGUUUAAAGGGUUUCGGAACACAAGCAGCCAAAUCUCAGCUUGUUCAGCCGCUAAUGGGAGGUACAUAAUUUCUGCAAGUGAGGAUUCGCAUGUAUAUAUCUGGAGAUACAAUGAUGAUUCCAAACCAAGCAGAAAGAAGAACAUAGUCUCAGUUACAAAUACCCAUGAACACUUUCACUGUGAGGGUGUGACAGUUGCUGUUGCUUGGCCUUGUACCAGCGUCACAGUGACUUCUAGAGCUAACUCCAGGAAGCAAGACGACCUGGACUGUGUGUCUGGUAAUAGCAAUAUACUUGGAUCUGAACCUGCUAAAGAGGAUGAGAUGCCUGCUAUUCAGCACCAGAGCAACAACAGCAUCAGAAGCAACAAUUUAAAUCACAAUGGUGACAGGGUAUCUGCGACCUGGCCUGAAGAGCUCAUGACAAAAACAAAACAGAGCCCGAAGUCCAAUACUAGCCUUCCCAGUGACGAAGAUCAAGCUCCAAGUCAAUCGGCCUGGGGAUUAGUGAUUGUGACAGCAAGCCGUGAUGGUCGAAUCAGAACAUUUCAAAACUUUGGUUUUCCUAGUAUAGCAUCGAUCUGAUUACGUGUAUGAUAGGCAGUGCAUUUCAGGCCUGUAGUUUUGUGUACAGAUAGAAUGGAGAUAACGGGUGAGUUGCACGGCAUUGAAGGAUUAAAUUUCGUUACUCCUUGGUGCGCCUGCUUCAGAGUUCGGAAUCUUCAACUAACAUAUUGUCAGGAUCCAGCUUCUUUGUUAUGGCAUUCAUUUGCCCUAAAUUGUACAUGAAAGUGAAGCCCUAGAAAGAGUGACGCCGUCAGCUGGUUUGAGUGAGAUCUUUCUUCGUUCAUUCAGAAGCUUCAACCUUGUACCAUUUGGCCGUUCACCUUCCAUAUUUUGUUUUCCUAUUAUAUAUUCUUGUAAGGAAAAAUCUCAGUGCUACAGAAAAGAGAAAAUCAAAAGAAUUACAUAUCGUUGGAAAAUU